CUGGGCGGGUGUUCAACCUGAGUGGUUUUUUUUUUCUUAGGGAGCGGUGGAGCUGCCUGGGUACGGAGAUGCUGUCGACUUAGUGUUUCUUCGGUGUUAACAUCGUCUGUUUGACUGAACUCGGCGGGACCUGCUGGUCUGCGCGUGGCGAGAUGGCGAGGACACACCCAUAAACCUUCCCCCCGUAGCAGCACCGCCCGGUUGGACUCGGUCGGUGUCUCUCUCUGUCUCUCUGUACCGCCAGAGAGGCGGAGCUCGCGAGGUGUGACUGUCACCUCUUCCCUCUCGCCCUGGCGGCGCCGGAGCCACCGAAAGGGGAGGAGCCGAGCACCAGCAGCACAAUGGCUCCCACGGCGCCUGGCUCCGCCCCCAGCCCACAGAGUGAGGCUGUGACCAAUGAGCUGCAGGAGCUGUCACUCCAGGCCGGCCCCACGCUGCUGCCUCUGCGAGAGAGGAAAAAUGUCCUCCAGCUCAAGCUCCAGCAAAGGCGAACCCGGGAGGAACUGGUCAGCCAAGGGAUCAUGCCACCAUUGAAGAGUCCAGCUGCUUUUCACGAGCAGCGAAGAAGUCUGGAGCGAGCGCGGACUGAGGACUACCUGAAGAGGAAGAUCCGAAGUCGUCCUGAGAGGUCGGAGCUGGUCAGGAUGCACAUACUAGAGGAGACGUCAGCCGAGCCCUCCCUCCAGGCCAAGCAGCUGCAGCUGAAGCGGGCACGCCUCGCCGAUGACCUCAACGAUAAGAUUUCCCACCGGCCCGGCCCCAUGGAGCUCAUCCACAAGAACAUCCUGCCUGUCCACUGCACCCUCAAGCAAACGCUCCUAGCGGAUACAGAUUGCCUGAAGGGGACGGGGGAGAGCUCUUCGCUGGACGAGGACAGCAGUGAUGCCUUGUCUCCAGAACAGUCCGCCAGCCAGGAUUCACCCUUGGGCCUUAUGGCUCUGAACUCUCCUCCUGACACUCUGGCUCACGGUGGCAGCGACCCUUCCCCCACACAGUUUCUGUGUCAGGCCCUGCCUCUGCAGCCUCACAUCACCCCUGAGCCCUCCCCACCACAGAAGCUGACCAAUGGCACUGCAACUCCAGCAGCCACCCGCCACACCUCAGCCCUGGUCAAGUCUCAGUCCAAAUGUGGUACCGAGCGGCCCUCCCAGCGCUCCAAGAAGCUCAAGGACAGCAAGCCCAAGGUAAAGAUGCUGAAGUACCACCAGUACAUCCCCCCCGACCAGAAGGUGGACCGCGAGCCACAACCCCAGCUGGACUCGGCCUACGCCAAGAUUCUGCAUCAGCAGCAGCUUUUCCUGCAGCUCCAGAUUCUCAGUCAACAGCAGCAGCAGCAUUACAACUACCACACAAUCCUCCCUGCACCACCCAAACCCCUGUCAGAUCAGCAGCCCGCCUCCACUGCUGCCCCUACUCAGACUCGCAAUGGACCCGCUUCUGCCCCAACAUCAUCCAAUCAGAACGGGCCAAACCGCCAAAGCCAGCUACCUGGGGUUGGGGCCAAGGCUGGAGUUUUACCUGCUAAUCUGGAUGACCUUAAGGUUGCAGAGCUGAAACACGAGCUCAAGUUGCGGGGUUUGCCGGUGUCUGGCACAAAGAACGAUCUCAUUGAGAGGCUGAGAAACCAUCAGGAGCAAGGAGCCACAAAGAACAACACACACCAGCAACUCAGCCAGUUGUCAAGCCUCUACCAAUCAGGAGACACAGGCGUGAUCGCCACACCCUUCCCAUUGGCUGCCGCCAAAGGGGCUCCGGCCUCCACAAUGCACUUUGGCAGCACAAGCUCCUCCCCACCUAUGUCUCCAACUCCCUCCGAGCGCUCAUUGGCUGCCAUGAGUCCAGAUGAGGCCAGCUGCAAUGGAGAUGUGUUUGGCGAGGCGGUGAGCACUCCUCUCACUCAGCUGAGCCUGCACACUUCACCCCAGCACCCCACCUCGGUCAAGGAAGAAAACCAGGGGUCUGCGCCGGGGCCCUGUCGCUUCUCCCGUCAUGUCCCUGCGCAGGAACCCAGCCCCCUGGACAAGGACCAGAUGCUGCAGGAGAAGGACAAACAGAUCAAGGAGCUGACACGCAUGCUACGGCAAAAGCAGCGGCUGGUGGAGAGCCUGCGCUCACAGCUGGAGCAGGGCAAGCGAGGGUCCGAGGCUGCUGCCGCCGUCAAAGAGGAGCCCCCAGAGACUGCUCCCCAGGAGGGCAGAGACAGACUCGAAGCAGACGUAGGCCAGAUGAUUAAUGUGAAGAUGGAAGAGACUGUAAUGAAUCCACAGCAGAAGCGCCUGUCCCCAACCCAGCAGCUGGACCAACAGGAGAUGCAGCAGACGGCAGCGCCUCGAACGCUGCAGGUGUCCCCAGUGUUGGUAAAUCAGCAAUCCAGCAGCCCAGCACCUACCCCCUCUUUCUCUCUGGAUCUCCUUAAAAUGAACCCUCCUCCCACCUUGCUGACUGAUGGCAAUGGCAACCAUUACCUGAUCGCUGUGACCAGUCGCACCACACCUCAGAGCAAAGUGAACGGGCGAAUCAUGUUCCAGAGGUUACAGUCAAUGCCCUGUAAGACCAGCAGCCAAUCACCACCUCCUGUGGGCACAGACAUCCAACCGGAAGAGUCGGAGAAACAGCCAGGGAUCCAGCCACUCAGAAAGGGACAAAAGACCGGCCUGCAGCUGCCAACCAACUCGCACACCGUGAGCUUGUCGUUGUCCGCCCCACCAAAACUGCAGCCUUUCUUUGUCAACAAAAGCCCCUCUCCUUCUCCAAAAGCAGCUCCUUCAUCACCUUCCAGCAAGGCAAGGGGCAAUGUGUGUUCAGGUGUCAAUCAGAACACUCUCAGUUCCACCUUCUCAGCUGCCAAACAGCUGCCGCACUCCCCCUCUGCUGCCCAGGAGAAGGAGAGUGGCUUGAGCAGUCAGCAGAUGGACGACCUGUUUGACAUCCUCAUCCAGAGUGGAGAACUCUCAGCUGGCUUCAGAGCGGACCCAAACAGUUGCCUGUCCGAGCUUCACCCACACACCGCUCCCCCUUCUCCUUCCUUGUCCCCCCUGUGCUUCUCGCCCACUGCUCUUCGUGAACCCGCAGCCUCUGAGCCACCCACCGGAGUCCCGCAGUGUCCCGACAGAGCAGGUUAUGGGCCAUGCGCAGGAAGUGGCCGCCUGGAGGACUUCCUGGAGAGCACCACGGGCAAACCACUGCUCGCGGCUGAACCGGACGGCCCGCUCACUCUAAUCGACGACCUGCACAGCCAGAUGCUCAGCACGUCCAGCAUCCUGGACCACCCGCCAUCCCCCAUGGAUACCUGUGAGCUCAGCUUCGGUGCCCAUCCCCCAGGGCUGGACUUUGCAGACCCCACCCUGGACACCAUGGACUGGCUGGAUAUCCCUGUGGACGGAGUGGGCGGCGGGACAGGCCCCACGUUGGCACCCCUCAGCUCCCACACUCCCCCCAGCGUCUUCUCAGCAGACUUCCUGGACAGCUCGGACCUGCAGCUCCACUGGGACUCCUGCUUGUAGCCUAGUGAGCUGUGGGGCCCCACCCCGCUCCGCCGACUUCCCGCCCGCAGGCUCCGCACGCACACAGCUACGGCUGGACACGGUGCACAUGUGGGAGGUCCCGCCUGCACUCAGCGCUAGCGUCCUUAGAGCACUGAGAUGGAGCGUGAGCUCCGUUUUCCCCUCCUGCACUGUACUGUAUCAGUACCCCGCCAAUGAGAGACCAGCCGUCUCUUCAUUAGAAUGUCCCCCACUGAGAUGCUGUAUUAUGAGGUCAGUCAUCCACUGGAAGCACACAGCAGGAAAAACUUGUCUCCUUCACAUUUCUGGCUGUUCUGUCAGGGCAUUCUUAACAUCUCCAGGUUGUUGCGGUAACCCAAUGCCUGUCGGUUUGGAGAGACGGUCCUGUUCGCUAGGGGAGUGGAGUUGGCUCUGUUAAUGUACAGACACGUGCGCCGUUUUGUUUUUUUUUUUUUUUUUUUUUUUUUUUUUUUUGGCUGUGUGUGUCCAUAGUUCACCUCCAGCUUCAGUUGCCUGGCACACUUUCUUGAGGGCCACUUUUGUACAUAUUGUUGCUGCUCCUCCCUGCUCUCCAGACGAAUGAAGACUUUAUUUUUCAACUCCAUGGCACAUCCCAGUAUUUCAGCAGUUACUUCAGCUAAUGUGUAUCAGAGACCUCCUCAUCCUCAUCCUCCUCCUCCUACUUUGCACUUAUUCUGGCCUUUAUGGCAUUUUGGUCUGAUCAGCCUCUGGAGGAUGUUCACUCCUUGUUUGAGGUGUGUUUCAAUCAGACUGUAUGAAAUUGCUGUAUUUGGGUACAUAAACUAUCCAGCUUUUCUUGAUUGUAUUAUUCCUUGGCUGGGAAACACGGGGUUGUGACUCGGGUUUGACAGA